AUGUCUGGUGCUCGCCCUCCUCGUCGCCCUACUAUGCAUGCCGACCUUCCCCUGAAGUGGCUCAAGUGCGACAACCACUCCAAAGUCACUCAGUGGUACAUGAGCUUGGCUAACCGUCGUCGUUACUCCCUGUUCUACUCCUCCUUUGUCAACACUGCCGCCAAAGCCUGGCAGAAGUCAACCGACCCCAAGGCCAAGCAGCUCAACCCCAUGGAGGCCAGCAUCGUUGACUGCCUGUUGAUGGACCCCAUUCCUGCUGAAGAUCUCAUCGAAGUGCUCAAGAACUACAACAAGCUCAUCGGAGGAUUGAAGGGUGACUUGAAGUCGACCGGUCUCAUCAAGUGGGACGAGGAGCACCCCAAGGAUGCUGAAAUCGAGAAGGGAGUCGAUGACCUGUACACUCUCAUUGCCGCAACCAGACACUUGUGCUCUCGCGCCGACGCCAACGAAGCUGCUGAAGACGACGAAGAUGAAGACAUGGAGGACGUCGGCAUGGAGGAUGAAGAGCAGACCAUGCUGUCGCUCAACGACAUGGGUACUGAGCUCUCUGCUGCCGACAACGCCCCUGCCGCUGUCAAGGACAAGGGAAAGGGCAAGGAGCCUGUCAAGUUCGGUGACCUCCCCUACGUUGGAAGCAAGAAGGAUGAUGACGAUGACGAGGAGUGGAAGGACUUCUUCCUCACCAAGAAGUAA